AUGGCGCAGGGGAUGCCGCGCCACGAGACGAUCUUGUACCACUUGGAACAACAAGAGCUUCACAGGCAAGUGACGUUGAUCGUCCCCGAGGGCAUGGAUGCAACAAGACGAGUGAACUUUAUCUACGAGGACCAGGAGAUGACGGUGGCCAUUCCCGAGGGCUACGACAUUGGACAGCAGGUCACCGUACAGGUGCCUACGCGGAAGCGACCGCCCCUGGAGCGCAACUCCACUCAGGCGUUCCAUCGUGGCCACCAGCACCUGCCCGACAGACAGCUCGUCAUGGAGAACUUGCGGCACUGCUGUCGUGUCACGACGUCGAUCUCGCUGGACCAUCCCGAGUACAAGACGCGUUACCAGCUCUAUGGGAUGCUGCAAGGCAAAAGCAUGACCCCGAUGCUGCCUGAGAUGCCCGAGGGGGAAGAACCUCAGGAUGGUGCUUUGUGA